CGAACGGCUGCUGGACGUGUGCCGUGUGCGAAUCGAGUGCGGAGCGCAAGCGAGAAAUUAUAGAGAAAGGCCAGACGACAGGCAGAGCGGGGAAAGAAACAUUCUAAUUCCGAGAAAAAAGUUAAAAUUAACAAAGAUAUUUAUAGAAAUAUCCCUCUAAGAAGAAAUCAGUGCAGUUUCAAGUGUUUUCUUGUGGCUGUGAAAAAGUUCUAGGACCCAGAGGCGCAAAGUAGGUUAAAGCGGAGCGAGGGCAAGAGGCAGGAAAAGCCAGUCACAAGCAAAGGAAAUUUUUUGGCUUUCCCUUUAGCCACAUUUUGGAGGUCGGUGUCGGUCGGUUGGUGGUUUUUGUGGCUGGAGCUGCAUGUGUGUAUGCCGCAGGGGCAAGAGAAACUGCAAAUGCAGUGCGCGUACAACAACAAAAGCGAAAUGCAAAGGGCUUGAUAUCAAAUAGCAAAUGAACUUCGUAUUUCUAAACAUUUCAAUUGAUAUUCUCUAACCAAAAUCUAACAACAAAAAAAGUGAUAUUUUCUACAACUGUGGCUUGAUUUUUGCACAGUACAAAACACACACACACACACAAUACACAUAGAGAGACACACAAGGGGGGACACACACAGAACAGACACCACACACGAUAACUAUAUAGCAAUAUAUGCCAAUUGAGUGCCUUAUAUCAUUUGAUAAUAAUCCACAAGGUGUCUACUAUGCCGGACAGGAGCUAUCUGGCGUUGUUGAUCUCAGCGUCGAUGCCACCAAGCGGAUCAAAGGCAUCCACGUCACUGUCAGCGGAUAUGCCAAGAUACGCUGGAUAAAAAAGGGAUAUCCGCGCGAUAGCGAGCGCGCCAUGUGCCGUGCCUAUCGAUCGUAUCUGUCAUCGAGAUCGUACGUGCUAGGAUCGUGCGCGAGCAACUCUUUUAUCGACUGGCCCGCCGGCGAAUACUCGUACACAUUCCAUGUCAUCCUGCCCGACAAUCUGCCAACAUCGUUCGAUGGUAAAUACGGACAGAUACACUACGAGAUCAUAACGACGAUCGAGCGGGCCGGCCGAUAUCCAAAGGUAUUCAAGCUGCCAUUUACCGUGAUACAACCAUUGGACCUGAAUGCCGAUGCUAUAUACAGAGUGCCCUUGGAGAUACUCGACCGUAAGCGUUUCUGGAGCUUUUGCUGCCCCACUGGACCGCUGACUGUGAAGUUCUCAACACCCUACUGCGGCUAUGCCCCCGGCCAGAAGAUCCACUUUGUGCUGUACAUCAACAACGAGUCCUCCAUCGACAUCACCGAGUGUGAGGUGAAGCUGAAACAGGAAGUCAGCUACGAGUCGCACGAUCCCCAUCAUGAGUAUCGCUACGACAAGCAUCUGAUAGCACGAAAACAGUUCGGGAAUGUCUUGCGCUGGUCGAGGAAGGUGUACAGGGGAUAUCUGGAUCUGCCGUCGAUACCGCCCACAUCGGUGAAGCCCACAUGCCCCAUUAGUGUUAACUAUUCGAUUAAGAUCAUUGUCAAUCCAACGGAAUUCCACUGGAAGCUGAAACUGAAGAUCCCCCUGACCAUUGGCAGCAUUCCGAUUAUGGAUGGACCGGAGGCCCUGCUGCGCUUCAAUCGCCAGCAGCAACAGCACCAAGUAGUUAGUCAAAAUUUACAAAUGUCAACGCAACAACAAAGGCCGCGACACAGAGAUCGGGAUAGGGAUCGUGAUCGUAAUCGGGAUAGGGAUCAGAAUCAGAGGACACCUACCGCACAGCAGAGACAACAUUUGAGUAGCAUAACAAAUAAUAACAACAAUCAUGGACGUCUAGUGGGUGGACUACUGCCGACCAAUAGCAAUAUGAAUAUGAUAGUGAAUGUCAGUCCAACGCCCACUAGCUCCACGCCUUCAUCAACGCCAACAACUGCCGCCCUCAGGCCGCCUAUGGCCUCCAUGCUGCCAGCGAUAUUGGUGACCAGCGAUAGCGAUAAUCCACCGGAUUAUAUACCAAUGAUGCCGCCCUCGUAUGAAGAUGCUAUGGCUCUGAGUGAGAAAUUCAGCGAUGAUACUGAGUUCUUAACAAACGUUAGCAUGAGCAGCAUUAUGUCCGCUCAGGCUGUUGUUACCACAAGUGAGCCCUUUAAGCCGCGUUAUCCGGUCUAUUACGAAUAUGAGACACCGACCAUACCGCCCGAGACGCUUUACGAUGAGGCCAAUGCCCAGCUGCGCCUCGCCCUGAACCCGGAAUCGGCAACGGAGAUGGCGACAGCAGCAAUGAUGGAUGAGGAGGUGACCACCAGCACACCGGGAGGAGGAGGAGAGCUAUCCUUUAGCUAUGAAAAGAAAUGAUUAACAAAAACGAAAAACACCAAUACAACAAUUACAUAUUUACUCGUAAUCAAAAUAUUAUAUAGAAAAGGAUUGGAAUGGAAAUCGGAGAUAGAGAAUCGAACAUUUUUAUAGAAGCGAAAACCGUAUAAAAAAAUAUAGUAUAUAUUUUGCAGCAAAGUAGAAUCUAUCUAGAAUAAACCGAUUUGAAAUGAUUUGAAUUUUCCUUAUUUAUUUAAACUAUAACU